CGCCGGCGGAACGCUGCGACGCGGACGCGCUUCUGGAGGAGCGAACUAGGCCUGGGACCCGCAUGAGUUCCGGUGCGGCCGCGGGGCAUGGCGGCCCUAGGACACCCUGCUUGGGAGACAGCGGCGGCACCAGGUCCAGGGCACCCCACGUGCAGUGACGCCGCCUCCAGGGCGCAUCCCGUAGUCGGUGAAGGCGGCGCAGCUUCUAAGAAGCCGAAGAAGAAGAAGAAAACCCGGAACGGGGCCUCCGUGUCGAAUGGAGACGGAAAGGCCUCAGAAAAGCAUGCCCCGGAGGAAGCUCCUCUAAGCGCAGAGGCCCAGGCGGAGCAGCUGGCUCGAGAACUGGCCUGGUGCGUGGAGCAGUUGGAACUGGGCCUCAAGACGCAGAGACCCAGCCCAAAACAGAGGGAGCAAGCUAUUGGGGCAAUCCGAGCCCUGCGCAGCGAAAGAACACCCCUGCCCCGGAAGAGGCAGCUGAUGCGCUCCUUGUUUGGGGACUACAGGACUAAGAUGGAAGCCGAGUGGCGCGAGGUCCUGCGGGCUCUCAGGACUGCAGCACACUCAGCCCAGGUGCAGCCUGUAGGUGAGGCCACCAGAAAGAAGAGCCGGAGGGUUUGCAGGCCUCGCCUAGCAGGGGGAGCCAAAGCAACCCUGGACACUCCUGAUGAAGAGUUUAAGUUCAAUUUCUUUUAGCCUCUCUCUCCAUCCUGGUACAGUCCCCUUCCCCAGGUGGUGUGGGGCUUUGUCCCCCGUGCGGAGCAUUUCCAGGAAUGCUCCGUUGGACGGAUGUGGGAUUGGCCUCUCCCCGGCUGGUCGGUGAAUGUGGUUCCAUGGAUGGUGGGCAGAUGUGAGACCAGUGUAUUAAGUAGUGUCAUACAAGCACAAGACCCUAUUAGUAGGAUUUCAGGUGAAUGGUUCCUCCCGCCCGAGAGGAAGGUCCAUCUAGAGAGAUUUCUACAGCAAACUGAAGUGAGUGGCAGUGUGUGGUGGAAAGAACGUCUUACUUAGUUUUCAGGGUUAGAUUAAGUGGCUGAGGGUGAGGGGAAGCUGCAUAAUUGCACUUUGGUGCUCACUUAUGAAAGGCCGUCCUGUCAAAUGGGGUAGUGCUUUAUUCCUUUGUGUCAUAUUGCCCUAAUAAAACUGUUUUGUUG